AUGGCCAGAGGGCGCAAGGGCAAGGAGCCCGUCGACCUGGACUUUACCCUCAGAAGAGUCUUUGGCAAGCAGUCUUUCAGGUUCGAAGCCGUCGUCAUUGAGUAUCUUGAAGCUAAGCAAUCAAGGCCAGUACAGCGUGAGGUCAUUUCUGCGACCAUUGAGGGUCACGAUGUUUUUCUUCAAGCUGCCACAUCUUUCGGGAAGAGUCUAUGCUUCCAAUUGCCAGCCGUUAUUGGCAGUGGUAUUACUGUGGUAGUUUCGCCCUUGCUGGCAUUGAUGACAAAUCAAAUCGAUGCUGCUCGAGAUCGCGGUAUCCCCACCGAGACCAUAUCUUCAAGUACGACGUAUACAGAACGCAGGCGUAUCGAGACCGACCUGAAGUGUGGCCACCCAUACACACGCCUCAUCUACGUCACCCCAGAGCUUUGCGCAACACAAAACUUCCGCAAACUCCUCACGACCAUCCACCAACAAGGUCAAUUAACCCGCAUAGCCAUCGACGAAGCACAUUGCAUAUCAGAAUGGGGUCACGACUUCCGUCCAGCCUACAAAGAACUACGCUGGUUCAAGCAGACCCUGAUCCUGCCCAGUGUCCCAGUAAUCGCACUCACAGCUACAGCCACCCCUCGCGUCCGAGAAGACAUCGUUACCUCUCUCGGUCUCGACCCCCGCCCCAGCUCCGAAGGAGGCACAACGAAAUUCUUCUCCACCACAACCGCCCGUCCAAACCUGCACUACGAAGUCCGCUACUUUUCUGAAUCCUCUCCGCACCACUCCAGCGGCGAUGACCUCUUCCCCAACCUCCUCAACUGGCUAAACUCCAUCUCCUCCCGCCGCUCCACCCGCCUCGGCUACCUCCACCAACGCUCCCCAAACAACAGCACCUCCACCGACCUCACCCCAAUUAGCGGCAUAAUCUACGUCGCCUUCCGCAGCACCACCGAAUCUCUCUCCGCCCGCCUAACCUCCAACAACAUAACCGCAUCCGCCUACCAUGCCGGCCUCGACCCCACCACCCGCCAAACCGUGCAAGAAACUUUCAUCCACCCACACCAACCCACGGACCUCCAAACCGCCCAAACCGUAGCCGGAAGCUUCAACAUCAUAGUAGCCACAACCGCCUUCGGCAUGGGCAUCGAUGCCCCCAGCGUCCGCUUCGUGGUUCACUACGGUGUCCCUCGCGGCUUCGAGGCCUUUGUCCAGGAAUCGGGACGUGCAGGUCGCGAUGGCAAAGCAGCAAGUUGCGUCGUGUUCUAUACGAGGGAGGAGAGAGAUAGGGUGCUCUAUCGCGUCAGCUUAGAUGUUAACCGUGAGCUCAACAAGAAGGGUAAUAGGAACAAUCAGGGGGGUGGGGUGGGCAAAGCGCAAGCAGAAGCGCGCAUGGAAAGUCUACAGAAGGUGAUCGAGUAUUGUGAAUGCACGAGCAGGUGCAGACAUGAAUUGAUUUCGGAGUAUUUUGCCGCUGGAGCUACAGGGACUGGGGGUUUGGAAGGGGAGACGAAAUGCGAUUUCGCGUGUGAUUAUUGUAAGGAAGGGGGUCAGAAGUUGAGGAAGAGGAUGGAGAGGGGUUUGGCGGAUGAGGAGGCUGCGUUCGAGUUUAGUCAGAGGGAGAGAUCGAAUGGGUGGGAGGGGUAUGAGGAUAUUUGA